AUGAAGAAAUGGUUGGGUGCUGCAAAGCACAGUGCUUCGAGCUCGACUCACUCGCUGAGUGCUCUUGAAGAGCCUCAGGCACUCGAGAAUGCUAUGGCUGCUAUGUCAUAUAUACUAAACGACGGUAUUGUUGCACUGCAUGAUAGCCACCCACUUAAGCUUAUCCAUGACCANGAUGUCGAGACGGCCGAAGCAGAAUUGUCCAAGGGCAACUCGCCUUUCCACAAGUUGGGCCAAGGUGUCGUGUCCUUCUUGCGAGCAGCCCUCGGCUUCGAACAGGACAUCAUGAGAGAGGCCUCGGAACGUCUAGGACAAGCCGAAUCUGCCGCCUACGAACACCAACGCCAUGCCGACAAGAAUGCCUACCAAUCAAAGAUCUACCCUGCUGGAAGCGAGUACGCCCUUUGCCUUGCCGAAGCACAGCUUAUGAGUGCUGUCGUUGCCGUCCUGAACGAGAGUCUUUCAGAGAGCAUCAAGGGUUUCUACAAGAUGAGGAAGGCAUAUGUGGCUUUGCAAGAGAUAGCAGAUGCCGAGAAGAGAUACUUGAAGGGACGGAGCUCUGCUUCUGUGGCCACAACAAGCACAAGGUCGACUGUAAACCCGGCUCCCUCAAUUGCUUCGGAAGCUCCAAGCAUAUCCGGCCAGACUCUGGUCGCUCAAAACGAAGACGACGACGACGACGAUGACUUUGUGGACGCCGAUGAGAGUAUCGCUGCACCUGCGACCCCCACAACCUACCAGGGCCACUUGGAGUCCAAGGAGCUGGAAUCAAAGCUAGGAAAUUUGUCUAUUCGUCCUGGUCCAUCAUCGACGCAGACNCCCGCGGCACCCGUGAUAGAAGAAGACGACUUUAGUGAUUUCAGCAACCACCCUAUCGACCUCUUCAUCCAUUCUGGCUCUAACCUUUGCUUCGGCUUGUUGCAACUAAUGCUCUCCUUGAUCCCUCCAGCCUUCUCCAAACUUCUCUAUAUCAUCGGCUUCAAAGGCGAUCGCGAGCUCGGUAUCCAGAUGCUAUGGCGAGCCACCCACUACUCGAAUAUCAAUGGUGCUAUGGCCGGUCUAAUCACACUGGGAUACUAUAAUGUGACCGUUGGUUUCUGUGAUAUUGUCACCUCAGACGCUUAUCCCAAGCAACGCUUGACGAAUCUGCUGGUCCAGAUGCGCAAGCGUUAUCCUGAAUCCCGCCUCUGGAGACUUGAGGAGGCAAGAAUGAUGGCUGCUGACAAACGGCUGGAAGAUGCCGUUACCAUGUGUGGCACUCAUGAGAAGAGUCCGCUGAAGCAAGUCGAGGCAUUGCAGUGGUUCGAGAAGAGUCUCAAUUGCAUGUAUCUGCACAGAUAUGAAGAAUGUGCUACUUCAUUCUUGACACUCAACAACUGGUCGCAUGGUCUGUACUACUACAUCGCUGGUGCCUGCUAUGUCGAACUAUACCGUGAAGCCAAGUCAGUCGAUGCAGGCAGAGCAGAGAAAUACGCCUCUCGAGCAACAGAACUCUUGCGAAAAGUGCCCAUCCACGCAGGCAAGAAACGCUUCAUGGCGCGUCAACUNCCCCUUGAUGCCUUUGUGACUCGAAAGAUUGCAAAAUGGGAGGAACGAUCCAAGGUCCGCGGCAUCUCUUUCGUCGAUGCUGUAGGCAUCGCCCCCGUGGAAGAGAUCAUCUACUUCUGGGCCGGCUUCAAGAGAAUGAGAAAGGAGCACCUCACACACAGUCUCGAGCGCCUGGCCUGGAGCGAGCAAAACGGCUGCCACGACAAUGCAACCGACGAAUUAGCCACACUGUCACUUCUGCGAGCCACGGUGACCCGAUGGCUCGGCGACACGGCAACCGCUCGCCAAAUCCUGGAGACGCAGGUGCUGNNGAAACACGAGUGGGCCGAGUUCAAGGGCGGAAACAAAGACAAUUGGUCGUUGCCCGUGGCGCACUACGAAAUGUCCGUUAUCGAAUGGCUGGAUGCCGGUGGUGAGAGAGGCAGCAGACAGCAAUUGGAAAGUUGCUCGCGAUGGGUGGAAAAGGCCGCAAAGUGGGAGGCCUAUGAUUUGGAUGCCAGGGUCGGUCUCAAAGUCACCACGGCAAGGGAGACGCUGAAGAAAUGCGGCAUCACUGUUGCUCCCGCUUGA